UAUUACAGGUGCGUUUCAAAACAUGGCGUAAGGUGUAACAAUUCUGGUAUGUUGACAAAAACAUGACAUAAAUGGAGAUUUAGCGAGCAGGUUUACUUUUUCAACGCCUGUUUUUCGAUAUUUCAAUAUAAGUUAAUUUUCUGAGAAUUGUUUUUAAACGGCAAUCAUUGAAGGCAAAGGUAGACCCGGUACCUUCCCAAGUACGGAAGUAGUACCGAUUCCCAAAAUGACGGACCCUAUUUCGAACUUCUUAAAAAGCAAGCUAUUAGGGCUUGCAUCCCUACUCUUGUUGAUAGCAACCAUGGCCACGAUAACUGCGUGUCUUCUGCCGUUUUGGUUCAGUCUAAAGAUGCACCUUGUGUUUGUCGAGGACAGUAGACCCGAGGCGCAACAGAGUUCUGUGGACAAGACAAUCAACUGUGGUCUGUAUUUCCUGGACGAAAAUAGGUUCAUCAACACACUGAUGCUGGACAAAGCAGAUAAUACUCAUUUCAUGCCCGCCCUCCUACGCGUCUCCCAGCUGCUGUACCUCCUUGGUAGUAUAGGGGUCGUGCUUUGCUGUGGGUCUUCAUUCAUCCUGGCGUUUAAGCAGUAUGCCUCCCCAACAGGAGAAAUGUUUCUGGCUGCAGGAGCAACUGGAUUUUCCUUGAGUCAAGUAAUUGGUUGUAUCCUCAUCCCCCUUCAUAUGGCCUUCUUCAGUCACCAAGCCUGGCAAAACUUUCCUGCAGAAGACUACAUUCCUCUACGUUAUAACUACUAUACCAUCCUCAAUGCCCACCCAGAUAUGAGUCUAAACUUUGGCUAUUUCAUUGGAGGAGCUGCUGCCCUCUUGAGCUUGGUUGCAGCUGUUAUGUUAUGGAUGCAGGCUUGCUGUACCUAUUGUCACCUGAAACGGGUCAGAUAUAACAUGUUGCGAGAGAAACCCGAUCUGGGCUCUAGCCCCAUUCCAACCAAAGGCUCAUACUUUAAUCCUGGAUUUGUUCGUACGUCACCCAUGGAGUAUCCUGCUGUAGUUCAGUCAGCGCCAAUGCCCCAGUAUGCCCCAGCUGUGCAGUAUGCGCCACGUACAGGGUAUACUGCUACAGAGCUAGAUUUGUAAUUUCUGUAUAUAUCAUCCGGACAUAGUUGCAUUCCAGAUUAUGGUUUAUUACUUUCAGAAAAUGUAAUCUCUAGUGUACAGCACUUUCUCAUCCGUGGAAAUUGUAUGAUUUUCAUUGAAUAUCUGAGUUGUAUAUAUAUUAUUAUACUGGCAAGAUGACAUGCUUUUAUUGAUUCAACUUUGAUUUGAUUCAGAAAUAAAUACUAUGCUAGUCAAGGGAUCAUAUCUAUCAAGAAUGCUUGGAAAAAUAAAUGUAAUCUGAUGAAAAAAAGAACAAUAAUUGUGCCAUAUAAAUCAAAAGUACUUGUGUAGAAGACACAGCUGCUUUAGAACUUUGAAUUCUUAUAAAUAAAUUCUACUAUACAUGCAGUAUACAUGGUUCUUUCAAUAUAGAAAAAUUAAACUGUGAAAUCUACUUAUAGUAGGAAUUUCAGCUUCUGUAAAAUCCCUAGUUUUACACAUUAACUGGUGUUGUGAUAUUUAAACAACUAUUCACACACUAUAUUUUAAGGCAAAGUAUAAUUAUGAUCAUUAAUGUACAUAUUUUUCUGUCCAUGUCAUUAUUUGGUUCAUAAUGUAUUUUAAUUGAAACAUUCCAUAGUCAUCUUUUAUAU